GGGGGAGGGAUGAUCUCUGUAAGUACUAUCUAGUCAAUGGAUUGACUAAAUUCUACAUAUUCUACAGAUGUGUAGAUGUUAAACAAAUUUCUCCUAAUAUUCGUUGAAUCAAAAACUCACUUAUUUCCAUUCGGCUACAGAAAACGAAAUCUGAGUUCAGGUAUAUUUAGGUGUCCAAAAAAAAAAAGAAAAGAAAAUUCCUUAAAAUUAAAUAAGAGAUGUUGAGUUUAUAAGUAAUAAAUAAGUUGAUAAGUUGAGGCUAGAAAGGGGGGCAGGGCUUAGUGAAAGCCUAUAAAAGAGAUUAAGACUCUGUGGAUCAUUGCAGCAGUCAUGGUUUGUCCAAGGACUCGGUUGUGGAUAUGGACACUUUGUGUCUUGUGUGGGCUGUGUUUGGGUCAAGAGUUGACCGAACCGCAUUACAUGGUGGCAGUACCUGCUGUUCUUCAAGCUGGAACUAUGACUAAAUUGUGCGCUAGUCUCCUGGAGCCAAAUGAAACUCUUACUAUGAAGGUCGCCCUGAUUCACAAGGAGAGGAACACAGCUCUUUUUGAAAAGACGUCCAGCGCAGAGUUUCAUGAGUGCAUUGAUUUUCAGACUCCUUUAGUGCAAGAUUCAGAAGUGCAGAUGUUUGAAGUGGUGGUACAAGGCAACACAUUUUACUCCAAAGAAGAGAGAAAAGUCAUGAUCAAAGUCUAUAAACCUGGAACAUUUGUUCAAACCGAUAAACCAAUUUAUCUCCCUGGACAGACAGUGCAAUUCCGAGUUGUCUCACUGGACAAUAGGUUGAGGCCUGCCAGCCAACUGUACGAAUCAAUUGAACUGCAGGAUUCUCUUCAGAACAGAAUUGGACAAUGGCGAAAUAAAACAUCCAACGGUAAAAUAUUGCAGCUUUCUUACUCCUUAAGUUCAGAAGCUCGCAUGGGACGCUACAGCAUCGUUGUGAAUAUUGGUGGAGACCAGGUAUUUCACAACUUCAAGGUGGAAAAAUAUGUUUUGCCCAAAUUUGACAUUGUAAUAAAUGUGGCUAAAGAAGUAAGUGUUGGACAGGAAACUAUCGAUGUAGAAGUAUGUGCAAAGUACACAUACGGACAGCCUGUACCCGGACUUCUUACCCUUAAGGCAUGCCGGCCUGAUAAACAUGAUUUCAAUGGUGGUUUAUGUGACAUCCAGACAAAACGAGUAGACAAGACAGGCUGUGACAGAUUUACUUUUGAAAUGUCAAAGUUCAUCACUGAUGGGGGGAAUUUGUUAAAUUCAAUUGAUUUCCAUGCAACAGUUAGAGAAGACGGUACUGAUGUCACUCACCCACAAGGGAAGAGAAUAGCCCUUUCUUAUGUUAUUGGAAAGCUGUCGUUCAUUGACACCGCCAAGUUCUAUGUCCCUGGAUCUACGUUUGAGGGAAAAAUAAAGGCAGUUCAUUACAACAACACACCAAUGGCUAACAUGGAGCUGUACCUUUCAGAAGGUAGAUCAUGGUCCUUGUCUGAGACCCAUAAUCUGACAACAGACAGUAAUGGUGUUGCCACAUUCUCACUGAACACAACUACCUACAGUGGAAAUAUUCGCCUGCAUAUACGCAAGACCUUGGGCUACCCCCACCACACCAUGCCCUUUUAUGAAUCGGACUCACACUCCCUGUCUGAGUACCAGCCACCUUCUCCGAAUACUAAAUCAGUCAGCUCUCUGGAAGUAAAAAGUGACACCACACCUCUUCCCUGUGACUCGGAACAAGACAUUCCUAUCCACUACAGUUUGGUGGGAGAACCUAAGGGUUCUGUGAAAAUCAUGUACUUGGUGUUGUCCAGAGGAGCAAUUGUCUUACAAGGACAUAAACAAAUUCAAGUAAAAGAUGGCUUAGAGAAUACGGAUAAAAUAACAUUGAAACUCAGAAUUACUCCAGACUUGGCUCCAGAAUUCCAGCUUGUGGUUUAUGCCGUUCUCCCCAGCAAGCAUGUGAUUGCCAGCAGUGGGGACUUCUCCACGGAAAAAUGUUUCUCACAUACGGUGUCGCUGGAGUUUUUACCUUCAUCGGCCGUCCCAGCAGAGCAAACCAAACUACAGCUCACUGCCCAGCCCAAUUCUCUGUGUGGCCUCAGUGCAAUUGAUCAAAGUGUGCUUAUAAAGGAGCCCGGGAAGACUCUUAAUGCAGACAAGAUAUUUGAUAUAUUGCCUGUAAAGAAGGCUUCUCCUGUUUCACAUGAAGUUGAGGACCCAUUGAAAUGUCUGAUUGUGAGACACAAGAGGUACAUUUUACCUUAUCCGUAUCCAGAAGAAAAUGAGGCCUAUAAAGUGUUCAAGAAUACUGGUUUGAAGAUUGCAACAAAUUUGAUGAUCAGAUUGCCGUCAUGUGUUAUGUUUAAAGGACAUUUUUACACUCGUGGUAAUACAUACAGGAUGUUUAAACCCAGAGUGGAUUACAUGAUGGGAAGUGCCCAAGGAGGAUUUUCAUCUCCUCUUCCAAUCCAAACAGCCCGCACCUUUUUCCCUGAGACUUGGAUUUGGGAUUUGGUAGAAGUUGGAGAGUCUGGAACAAAGGAUGUGUUCCUCACGGCUCCAGACACCAUCACCACCUGGGAAACAGAAACGUUCUGUUUGUCCAGUCAGGGUUUUGGGUUGGCUCCUCGUAAACAGCUGACGGUCUUUCAGCCUUUUUUUCUGGAACUGACCCUGCCCUACUCCAUCAUCCGGGGGGAAAACUUUGAACUGAAGGCAACGGUCUUCAACUACCUGAGCAGCUGCAUCAUGGUGAAAGUGACUCCAGGCCCCUCUUCAGGCUACAUUCUCACACCUGUCUCUUCUGAAGAGUACGCGUCCUGUCUGUGUGGCAGCGAGCGAAAGACCUUCCGCUGGAACAUGAACCCCACUGCUUUAGGGGUUGUCAAUAUAACCGUUACCGCUGAGGCUAUACCAUCCCACGCAUCGUGUGACAAUGAAAUUGUGAAUGUUCCAGAAAGAGGUCGCAUUGACAUAGUCACAAAAUCUUUGAUAGUAAAGGCUGAAGGAAUUGAGAUUACAAAGACUUACAACUGGCUGUUCUGCCCAAAAGGAGAAGCUGUGAUUGAGGAAACUGCUCUACAGCUACCAGACAAUGUGAUCGAUGGAUCUGCUCGUACCGUUGUAUCAGUCUUAGGGGACGUCAUUGGUCGGGCACUGAGGAACAUAGAAGGACUGUUGCAGAUGCCAUAUGGAUGUGGAGAGCAAAAUAUGGCUCUUUUGGCACCCAACAUCUAUAUCCUCCAUUAUCUUCAGAACACACAACAGCUCACUCCAACCAUCAAGGAGAAGGCCUUCAACUUUCUGACCAGUGGUUACCAAAGACAGCUGAACUACAAAGAUUAUCAAGGAGCAUACAGCACAUUUGGAACAGGACCAGGCAACACUUGGCUGACAGCUUUUGUAGUAAGGUCUUUUUUUAAAGCUCAGUCAUUCGUCUUCAUCGACCCAAGCGUGCUAGAAAGAUCUACAUUGUGGCUGGUAAACAAACAAAAACAAAACGGCUGUUUUGAAAAGUCUGGAAAACUUUUUAACAACAGAAUGAAGGGCGGGGUGUCAGAUGAAGUGACUCUCAGUGCUUACAUAACUGCUGCAUUCUUGGAGCUUGAGACAUUCAAAAAUAACUCAGUGGUAACUAGGAGCCUCUCCUGCCUAAAAGGAUCCAUUAACGAGCUCAACAACACUUACACCACAGCUCUGCUAGCAUACGUCUUCACACUGGCAGGAGACAUGGAGACUCGCGCUCACCUUCUGCAGCACCUUGACAAAGAAGCCGUAAAAAAAGGAGGUUUCAUCUACUGGACCCAGACUUCAGCCGAAACAUCGGACUCUCUGUCUGUGGAGAUCGGUGCUUAUGUCCUGAUGUCUUUACUAAGUACCUCCCACACUGCUGAAGACCUGGGAUACGCCUCUAGCAUUGUUAGGUGGAUGACCGGCCAACAGAACUAUUAUGGAGGGUUUUCUUCUACUCAGGACACAGUGGUGGCGCUUCAAGCUCUGUCUCUUUAUGCUACAGUCGUUUUCACUCCAGAGGGUUCCAGUACAGUGACAGUUCAGUCCCCUAGUGCCCAACUGGAGUUUGAUGUAAAACCAGACAACAAACUACUUUACCAGGAGAAGGUGAUGAAUGAUGUAACAGGAAAGUAUACCCUGGAAGUCAAAGGAUCUGCGUGUUCCUCAAUCCAGAUUUCUCAACAUUACAACAUCCCUCCUCGUCCAGACAUCACAACUUUGAGCGUGGAAGUUAAAGCGGAAACCAACUGUUCUGACGCAUCCAGACAUAAGCUAACUUUGCAUCUUAAGUCUCUAUACAGCGGAGUUGAGAAGACUACCAACAUGAUCAUCCUGGACAUCAAAGUGCUCUCUGGAUUUGUUCCAGAUGAAGACUCUUUGCAGAGUCUGAAACAUGCCACGCUGGUGGAUCGAGUGGAGCAGAACCAGGACCACAUUGUCAUUUACCUGAGGGAGUUGAAACAGGGGGAAGCCGUUUCUCACAUCUUGAAGCUUGUACAGCAGCUGCCAGUAGAGAACCUGAAACCCGCCUUGGUCAAAAUCUAUGACUACUACCAGCCAAGUGACCAGGCUGAAACUCAAUACAUCUCCAACUGUGCUUAAGAGAAACAGUUUGUAAAUGAGCUCAGGAGACUUUUCCAGUGGUUUUGUGCUCCUCACACUCUGUAAACGCUUUUUAAUAAAGUGUAAGUCAAAAGAUGAGAAUUCUGGAUGUGUCUAGAAUACUUAAAAAAAAAAAAGGUAUUACACUUAAUUUGUAAAAUAAAAGUAUUUGUUUAA